CUUUAGCAAUUUUAAAAAUGAAGAUUACCUAGUCUGAGUGAGACUGAGUGACUGACGGUCAGUGCCGUCAUAAUUUUCCUCCACCAUUCGCACCUUCGACUUUCCACUCAUAUAACAGUGGAGAAUCUGCCUAAAUUUGCACCCUUUUACAACCGUCGUCGUUAAUGGCAGGUGAUAACAAGCGAAAACGAGGCAGGAAGCCGAAAUCCGAAUGCCCUGAAGACUCGGCAACUCCUAGCUUCUUUACAUCCACCGCAUCAGCGUCGCCAACCAGCGACGAUAUCGUUUUUUCCGUCAGCAACGUAGAGCUAAUCACCAGUCCAUCUAACUUGUCCUCCGAUUCCCACCGCCGCCGCCGCGGUCGCCCACGUAAAGUCCCCAUGCACCCGGAGACGCAAUCCAACCACGAAAGCCUAGGAACCCUAAAAGUCAAUGGGCCGGCUUCUCUGAUUCCAAGUGAUAAUGCUGCCUCGAAUUCGGCGGUCGCUAGGGUUCUACCUGCAAUGGACGCCGUAGUGAAGGUGUUUUGUACCCAUACUGAACCUAACUUCUCUCUGCCAUGGCAGCGGAAGCGGCAGUUUAGUUCGAGUAGUAGUGGGUUUAUCAUCAACGGUAGGAGGGUUUUGACUAACGCUCACUCCGUAGAGCAUUACACUCAGGUUAAAUUGAAAAAGAGAGGAUCAGAUACCAAGUAUCUUGCCAAGGUGCUUGCCAUUGGAACGGAGUGCGAUGUUGCAUUGCUUACAGUUGAGGAUGAUGAGUUCUGGGAAGGGGCAUCUCCAGUGGAAUUUGGCAUUUUCCCCGCGCUUCAAGAUGCCGUGACUGUAGUAGGCUAUCCAAUUGGGGGAGACACCAUUUCGGUUACAAGUGGGGUUGUUUCACGCAUAGAGGUAUUGUCAUAUGUUCACGGAUCAACCGAACUUCUGGGAUUGCAGAUAGAUGCUGCUAUAAAUUCUGGAAAUUCUGGUGGCCCUGCGUUUAAUGACCAGGGAAAUUGCGUAGGUAUUGCAUUUCAAUCCCUUAAACAUGAAGAUGCAGAAAAUAUUGGUUAUGUUAUACCGACACCUGUCAUCAUGCACUUCAUCCAAGACUAUGAAACAAAUGGAACAUAUACUGGGUUUCCUAUUCUUGGAAUUGAGUGGCAAAAGAUGGAAAAUCCAGAUUUUAGACUGUCAGUUGGAAUGAAACCUAACCAGAAGGGUGUCCGGAUAAAACGAAUUGACCCAACUUCUCCAGAGUCUAAGCUUUUAAAGCCAUCUGAUAUAGUUUUAAGCUUUGAUGGGGUUGAUAUAGCAAAUGAUGGAACAGUUCCAUUCCGGCAUGGAGAGCGGAUAGGUUUUAGUUAUCUUGUAUCCCAGAAAUACACAGGAGACAGUGCAGCAAUUAAAAUUCUUCGCAAUCGUGAGACCUACACAUUUAAUAUCGAGCUUGCAAGUCAGAGAAAGUUGAUUCCAGCUCACAACAAGGGCAGACCACCCUCAUACUACAUUAUUGCUGGAUUUGUUUUUACAACAGUGUCAGUUCCGUACCUUCGUUCUGAGUAUGGAAAGGACUAUGGGUAUGAAGCUCCAGUCAAGCUUUUGGAUAAGCUUUUGCAUUCAUUUCCACAAUCAGCGGAUGAGCAAAUAGUCGUAGUUUCUCAGGUUCUUGUAGCUGACAUCAACAUCGGAUAUGAGGACAUUGUCAACACUCAGGUACUUGCUUUUAAUGGCCAGCCUGUGAAGAACUUGAAGAACUUGGCAUACAUGGUAGAGCGCUGCAAAGACGAAUUUUUGAAGUUUGACUUGGAAUACCAACAGGUAGUGGUCCUACAAACAAAGACAGCAAAGGCUGCAACUUUGGACAUUCUUACUACACACUGCAUACCUUCUGCAAUGUCUGAUGAUUUCAAGGAAUAAGGUUUACUGUUGUUGAGUGCAUCAGGCUCCUUCCCCUGGCUCAGCGGUAUUUCUAUACAUGCAUGUUUUGCUAAGCUUCCUUCAAACCAUUUUGGAGCAUCAGAUUGAAGAAACCAAAGCUAGCAACUGAUAUUUUCUAGUAUUUUUUUCUCUUCAUGACUAUUAGCCAUUUCAGGAUUGUCUGAAAUAUCGGAAGAUUUGGUCUUAGAUCACUGGAGAACUUUUAGAGUUAGUGGAGUUAUAUGCGUCGCUUUGUAUUUUCAACCUGUACUGAUUAUUGAGAAACAACAAGAGAGAGCGAGAAAAGGGGGAUUGUGCAGGCAGGAAUAUAGGAAAAGUUUAGUUUUUUUUGGAAGAAGGCAUGGCGUGAUAGGUAAAGAUUCACAUAUUUGCGUUCUUGUUUAGAUUGUUGUUAACCAUCAUGUGGAUGCUUUUCUGACAACCAUUCAAUGGACUGCUUGCUGAUAAAUAUUGCUUUACUAGUGUUUAAAUAUGUUUUCUAGAUUCUUGAUAACCAUACAUUUAUGUGUGCACUCAUAACAAG